CUGCCCGCAGGUGGCCCGUUGCUUGGCCCGUUGCUAGGCCUCGUCGCUACGCCCUGAUACCUGAAGGAGCUUGCUGUGUCUGGAGCAGCGCCAGGCCUUCGUCAUGUCCAAUACCACAAACACGCCUGGCGGCGCAGACACGUCAUCGCCGACAGCUCCUUCGCCGGGCCAGAGUACGACCACGUCAUCCUCCAGCUCGUCCCCGCCGCCUUCUCAGACGACAACGACGACCACCACAAGCUCGCAGUCACCACCACCGACCAGCACAACACCCACAAGCAGCUCCUCCCCGCCACCGCAAACCACUUCGAGUUCGACCACUCCGUCUUCUUCUAGUUCAGCACCAGUGAGCUCGUCCAGCACUUCAAGCACGACUACGCCGAGCCCUUCUAGCAGCACCCAAACCGUCGUAGAGACGGUUACUUCAACAGCCGUAGGGCAACCUGCGUCGUCAUCGUCGGCGCCCUCGUCGACGACUUCAGGUUCUGCUAUCAGCCCUAGCGACAAUGCGAGCGGAGGACUAAGCAACGGCGGCAAGAUCGCUGUUGCCGUCGUGGUCCCCAUUGCAGCCGUCGCGCUCUUGGUCCUGGCCGGCAUUUACCUCUGGCGCAAGAGGAAGCAGCGAAAGGAUGCCGAGGAGCAGAGACGGAAGGAGGUCGAGGACUACGGCUACAACCCGAACGCUGACCCGACCAUCCCCGCCGUGGCCGGGGCCGGGAACGCUUACGAGAUGAGGGAGGAUGACUCAGCGGGAUACCGGGGCUGGGGUUCCACCACGGUCGCCGGGUCGACGGGCCGGAAGGCAUCGACGACCAUGUCGGGCGGCGCGGCCGCCUCGUACUCGGACCCUGCCUCCCCCACUCGCGGUGCUGUUUCGGAUAGCCGCUCGGGCGAGCCGCUGAUGGGCGAGUCGCCGCCCUCGCCCGAGGGCGAGAUCCUGGGCGCCAUGGGGCCGUCCGCUGCCAACAACCGAGCCGAUGUGCGGCGCGGCCCUUCGAACGCCUCCUCGUCGUACAGCGCUGCCGGCCGGUCGGACGGCUCUGGCGAGGGCCCAAUCGGCGUGGCCCACGGCGGAGGCAACCAAUACUAUGACCAGUACGGCGGGGGGAACCCGUAUGUCGACAACGGGUAUGGAUAUUCUGCGGCCGAGGGCGGCGUUGGCGGCGGCGGCGGCGGCCAAGCCAUCAUCCGCGACGUGGCGGCCAGGAGGAACACACGCAUUGAAAACACGGCGCAUUACCCGCAGCAAACCGCGGGCAUUGCCCAGAACUUCUGAUAUCCCACGCCUUUACGACAGGCAGAGGGUGCGUGUACCUCGUUGGAGGGCGGCAGUCCUUGACACGCUUGCGCUGAGACGAGGCUCGACCAACCUUUGCUUCUCCCGUACAUACGCUGAAGCUCUUGUCGCAAAAACGGCCCCAGCAGUGUUUGAUGGGCGGGAAGCAGCGCGUGGGCCCGGCUGGGUUCAGGAGAG